AUGGUUGCGCCGCUAUACACGACAGCAUCGGGUCUUCUCUUCCAUGCUGGUAAAAUCUUGGUGUGCACCGUCGGACUGCCCGCCCGCGGAAAGACGCAUGUAUCCCGCGCACUUGAGCGAUACCUCCGAUGGACAGGUAUAAAGACCACCGUUAUCUCGCUUGGAGACUACAGGAGAAAGGUGCUCGGUGGUGCCCAGAAGUUGCCCCCAGACUACUUUACAUUGGGAGAGAAGAGCCAGGAGACGAUCAAGCUGCGGGAGACAGUCCUCCAAGGCUGUGAGCAGCAGAUCUGGGAUUUCUUCAACACGGGAGGGCAGGUCGUGAUCUACGACGCGAACAACGGCACGGCUGAGCGCCGCAAUGCUGUGGCGGAGAAGUUCGACAAGGCGGGCAUCCAUGUAGUCAUGCUCGAGUCGCUGUGUGAUAACGAGGAGAUCAUCCUGGCAAACAUUCGGAGCGUCAAGAUAUCAUCUCCAGAUUACCGCGGCUGGGACCCUGAACAAGCAGUUCAGGACUACUAUGCUCGUAUUAAGGACCACGAGAAACACUACGAGCCCGUAGAAGAGACUACUUGGCCGUUUAUUCGAAUCAUUAACGUCGGCGAGAAGAUCAUGGUCAACAAUAUCCACGGCUACCUGCAAUCACGGAUUGUAUUCUUCCUCAUGAACAUUCACAACAACUUCCGCACAAUAUACUUUGCUCGGUCGGGACAGUCACUCAUUGAACACUCUUACAAAGCCGACUCUGAUCUCUCACCCGCCGGCUGGGAGUAUGCGGAACGCCUCAAGGAGUUCGUGCUAGAGCGACGAGAGAAGUCACUGCAGGAGCGGGGGAUCAACCCCAAAGAGCGGCGUCUCGUCAUCUGGUCGUCCGCACGGCGGCGUUCACACCAUUCGGCCUGGCCGUUCCUCACGAAGAACGCAGCCGACCACUCCCCACCUGCCAAAGUAAAGGUCAUCGAACGACCGCAGAUGGCUGAGAUCAACCCCGGCGUAUGGGACGGCCUCUCGCCCGAGCAAGUGCGCAAGUACUACCCGGACGAAUGGGAGCGUUUCGUGAACGACCCCUACGCGUACCGCGCCCCUCGCGCUGAAAGCUAUCACGACCUAUGCGUGCGCCUUGAGCCCACCCUAAUCGAGCUCGAGCGCGAAAAGGAGGACCUGCUCAUCAUCGGGCACGCCUCUGUCAUCCGCUGCAUCCUCGCCUACCUCAUCGGCCUCCCCGCAUCCGAGAUCCCCGCGAUCGAGGUCGCGCGCGGGGACCUGAUCGAAGUUGUGCCGACGUCCUAUGGCGUGUACUCGCAGGCGCAUCACUUCUGGGACGGCCCCGGGCGGGCGGCGUCGGGCAAGGACGAGCACAACUUUUACGAGAACUACGCGGAGGACACGCAGGGGAAGCGCAGGCCUGAGGCGAAGCCGGGCAGCACGGAGCCUGUCCCGGUCGUGGCUUGA